GGUUGGGUGUCUGUCGCCCUGAUAUUGUGUACGUUAGCCACGCUCACUGAGUCAUCAGUAAUAGGUACAUCGGUGGCAAUCCGUGCGAAAAACCUUCCGAAAUAUGCAUUAUAUGCCAGAGAAAAUAUGCAGGUGUGGUCCGACCCGCCAACAAAUAAUGAACUUGUGUUGUGGACCAUUAAAUCACCAGGUAACACCCUCGUAGCUGAUACUGUAUCUCUUGAGUACAAGGCCAGGCCUGGAUAUUUCCUACGAAGCUUCAACGGGUACCUUAGCAUAGAGAAUGAGUCGGCUGGAGCAGUUGACUGGGCACACGCCUCGACUUUCAGGCUGCUAAAAGACGAAUAUUUCCCGGGGACAUAUGCAAUUGAAUCAGCAGCGAAUGCAAAACAUGUGCGUCAUGUAGGUGGUCGAGGAAUGACAUGGGUUGUUGAAAAUACAGAUGUUUUCAAAAACGAAGCAAGCUUCUUUCUCGUACCCGAAAGUUACCCCAUUCAUGCAAUGGGGGGUUCAGUGCAAGAUUUGGGCAUCAAUAUAGCUGGGACAGAUCUGAUGAUAUUUACAACACUAAAUAUCGAAGCCCAUGGCGAGAUUCUCGAAUGGCAAUACUAUGCUGAAAACACCAAUCCGUUUUGGGCAGGUAUAUGGAGACCUUUGGUUGACGGUGGAUACGAACUAGUCGGAAAGAAUGAGAUUGUUCCCGCUGGGACUGGUUACCAGUCUUACAAGGUUCCCUUCGGCCAAACAAUUAGCGUCAGACCUGGGGAUGUAACAGGAAGACAUACGGCAGGUCAAACUAAUCUUGCAUACGCAAGUUCGGAAAGUGAAUAUAUAACAAAAAAUAUACAGGACAAUUCUCUGCCAAUUGGGAAAAUUAUAACUGGGACUAAGCAAUGUUGUCGGAUGCUUCCUCUAAUGGCACUUAGCCAACCAGCUGCUCCCAUUGUCUACAACACCAAGCAUGGUGACGGACCUCUCAUGGAAAGGAAGACAUACAUAAUAACAGAUGGUCAAUUGGACACAUGUGUUGAUAUCAAGACGGGAAUCACUCUCAAAUUUGACGAAGAUAAUUCUGGUUAUUCCGAAUACAAUAUCGUUGUAUACACGCGAGGUUUUAGAGAUUGCGUUUCGAACACCAGUCAUGUGUACCAAGAGACAACGAUCACUGGCGACUUCAUUGGCUCAUACAAAACUUGCGAUUUUCUGGACUCUAAAUCUUUAGAAACGUCAAGUGGUUAUGUGACAGGAUGUAUGUGGAGCUGUGGAUGCGAAGCAAAUGUUUGCAGCAAAGGCUACGUCUCAAUUUUUGCCAAGACAACGCUGUGUGAGGUAUACAUCAAAUAUCAAAAUCUAUAGGUUACAACAAAGGAUAUUUAGCAAUGGUUGCCAAGACAACACUGUGUUAAGUAUACAUCAAAUAUUACAAUCCAAUAGUUACAACAUAUGAUAUUUAGGAAUUGUUGCCAAAACAACACUGUGUGAAGUAUACAUAAAAUAUUAAAAUCCUAUGGUUACAACAAAGGAUAUUUAGCGAUCGUUGCCUAGGCAACACUUUGUGAGGUACACUGUAUACUUAGUAUAUGUAGGGACUUGUUUAUCCAAGUAUGUGGUGAACUCUUUGAAUAAUGUAUGACAUAUAUGAAACAAUGAUGCGAAUUUUCACGGAUUGCCACAACACUCAUGUAAAAAAAUGAUGGUCCAUGUUAUGAUAUGUCCUUGGUGGAACUUUUAUUUGUAUAAAACAACAUCAUUAUUGAUUCGGACAGUCACACAUUAGGAACAUGAGUUGGAUUUUAGGAUUUUCGAUCAUCUCUCUGAG